AUGCCAAUACGCGAUGCUGGGACACGUGAAGCCGGGACACAUAACGCCAAGAUCGGCAGUCCUGGGACACGUGACGCCUGGACAUACAACGCCAGGACAUGCGAUGCUGGGACACGCAACAGUGGGACGCGGCUGGCGGAGGGCGUCAGCCCGGCUCUCCUGCAGUACCUGCAGAUGAAGUGGCCGCUGCUGGACGUGCCCGCCGGCGCCACGCUGAAGGACAGCCGCUCGCCCUCGCCUGCACAUUUGUCGAACAAGGUCCCGGUGGUGCAGCACGCCCAUCACAUGCACCCGCUGACGCCGCUCAUCACCUACAGCAACGACCACUUCUCGCCAGGCUCGCCGCCCGGCCACCUCUCCCCGGAGAUCGACCCGAAGACGGGAAUCCCACGGCCGCCGCACCCGUCCGAGCUGCCCCCCUAUUACCCGCUGUCGCCAGGAGCCGUGGGCCAGAUCCCGCACCCGCUGGGCUGGCUCGUGCCGCAGCAAGGACAGCCCGUGUACUCCAUCCCUCCCGGCGGCUUUCGGCACCCCUACCCCGCCCUCGCCAUGAACGCCUCCAUGUCCAGUUUGAUGUCCAGCCGUUUCUCCCCGCACAUGGUCCCACCGCCCACCCACGGGCUGCAUCCCUCGGGCAUCCCGCACCCCACCAUCGUCUCGCCCAUCGUGAAGCAGGAGCCCACCCAGCCCAGCGUCAGCCCCGGAGCUAACUCGAAAUCCCCUGUCACUGUGAAGAAGGAGGAGGAGAAGAAACCCCACAUCAAGAAGCCUCUCAACGCCUUCAUGUUGUACAUGAAGGAGAUGAGGGCCAAGGUGGUGGCCGAGUGCACGCUGAAGGAGAGCGCCGCCAUCAACCAGAUCCUGGGCAGACGGUGGCACUCGCUGUCGCGGGAGGAGCAGGCGAAGUACUACGAGCUCGCGCGGAAAGAGCGGCAGCUGCACUCGCAGCUCUACCCGACGUGGUCGGCGCGGGACAACUACGGCAAGAAAAAGAAGAGAAAGCGAGAGAAGCUGGCCCAGCAGCAAAGCCACGACACGGAGAGCUCCCUGGCGUCCAAGAGCAAGAAGCCGUGCGUGCAGUACCUGCCGGCCGAGAAACCCUGCGACAGCCCCGCGUCCUCCCACGGCAGCAUGCUGGAUUCGCCUGCCACGCCGUCGGCCGCCCUGGCGUCCCCGGCCGCGCCGGCUGCCACCCACUCGGAACAGGCUCAGCCCCUCUCGCUCACCACCAAGCCGGAGGCCAGGGCUCAGCUCACCGUGCAUUCGGCCGCCUUCCUCUCGGGCAAAGCCGCCUCUUCUUCCUCCUCUUCCUCUUCCUCCUCUUCCUCCUCCUCGAGCCUCGGCAGCCCACCCUCACUCCUCUCCAGACCCAUCCCCUUCACCUCGGUGCCCUCCACGGCUCUCCUGUCCUCGCCUCCGUCCUUCGCGGCCGCCAUCCCGUCCCCGCAGGCUGCCCUGGCCGUGCUGCAAACCCAGCCCCUUUCCCUGGUCACCAAACCUGCUGACUAA